AUGAUGGUUACAAUUAUCUACGAUCAUGUUACCGAUGAUUUCAAAUCUUUGAAAAUAGCUGGUGAUUUUAAUGACUGGAUAGUUGUUCCUAUGGAACGGUCAAAAAUCAAAGGUAGAUGGGAAUAUGAAAUAAAAGAAUUACCCAUUGAUCCUGUCACAAAUGAGCCCAAAGCAUCCAAGAUUCAUUUUAAAUUCAUCGAUGAUAAUGGUACUUGGUUUACUGAUGAUAAUUACCCCAAGGAAAUUGAUUAUAAUGGGAAUGAAAAUAAUGUCAAAUUGUUGACAGAUUUGAAAGAAUCUGAGACUGAUAUAAUUAAAAGCUCUGCUUUUAUUAAAGAAUUUUUAAUUCCCAAGACUCCAGAGAGCCCAAUGCCUUCGUUGAAAGCUGGUGAAUCAGGUAGAAAUUCUGUGGUUGCUUCAUCACAAAGAGAUGAUUCAAAUGUAGAAUGGAAUUCCUCUUUACUAUCUUCAAAGGAUGGACAAAGUGAUGAUAAGAUAUUGGAUGUUGCUAAUACAAAUAAUAUUAAUAAUAAAGCAACUACUACUAAGGAGAUUGAACCAAAAAAAGGGGAUAUCGAAGAGUCUACAAAUGAAAAUGAGAAAAAGGAUGCUCUAGGAUCUGAACAAAAGGGAAACCAAAAAAAGGAAUUGAAUAAAAAGGAAUUAAAGAAGAAAAAAGAUACAGAAGAACAGAAGAGAAAAGAAGCUGAACAAAAAAGAAUAUUAGAACUUGAACAAAAGCUGGAGGAAGAAGCUGAGCUAAGGAGACAACAAGAAGUUGAAUUAAAGAAGAAACAAGAAGAAGAAGAAAAGAAAAGACAAGAAGCUGAACAAAAAAGAUUGAUGGAAAUUGAACAAAAGGUGAAAGAAGAAUCUGAAUUGAAAAAAAAGAAAGAACUUGAAUUGAAAAAAAAGCAAGAAGAGGAAGAAAAGCAUAGGCAAGAAGCUGAACAAAAAAGAUUAUUGGAGCUUGAACAAAAGUUGAAGGAAGAAGCUGAAUUAAAGCGGAAACAGGAAGAAGCUGAAUUGAAGAAGAAGCAAGAAGAAGCUGAGUUAAAGAGAAAGCAAGAAGAAGAAGAAGCUGAAUUAAAGAGAAAGCAAGAAGAAGCUGAAUUGAAGAAGAAACAAGAAGAAGAGGAAAGAAAGAGGAAGCAAGAAGAAGCUGAGUUAAAGAGAAAGCAAGAAGAAGCUGAGUUAAAGAGAAAGCAAGAAGAAGAAGAAGCUGAAUUAAAGAGAAAGCAAGAAGAAGCUGAAUUGAAGAAGAAACAAGAAGAAGAGGAAAGAAAGAGAAAGCAAGAAGAAGCUGAGUUAAAGAGAAAGCAAGAAGAAGAAGAAGCUGAAUUGAAGAGGAAACAAGAGGAAGCUGAGUUAAAGAGAAAGCAAGAAGAAGCUGAAUUGAAGAAGAAGCAAGAAGAAGAGGAAAGAAAGAGAAAAGAAGCUGAGUUAAAGAGAAAACAAGAAGAAGCUGAGUUAAAGAGAAAGCAAGAAGAAGAAGAAGCUGAGUUAAAGAGAAAGCAAGAAGAAGAAGAAGCUGAAUUGAAGAGGAAACAAGAGGAAGCUGAGUUAAAGAGAAAGCAAGAAGAAGCUGAAUUGAAGAAGAAACAAGAAGAAGAGGAAAGAAAGAGGAAGCAAGAAGAAGCUGAGUUAAAGAGAAAGCAAGAAGAAGAAGAAGCUGAGUUAAAGAGAAAACAAGAAGAAGCUGAGUUAAAGAGAAAGCAAGAAGAAGCUGAAUUGAAGAAGAAACAAGAAGAAGAGGAAAGAAAGAGAAAAGAAGCUGAAUUAAAGAAGCAACAACAAGAGGAGGAGAAGAAGAGAUUAGAAGCUGAAGAGAGGAAGAAAAAAGAACUUGAACUAAAGAAGAAACAAGAAGAGGAAAGAAAGAGGAAAGAAGCUGAGCUGAAGAAGAAAAAAGAGACUGAACAAAAAAGAUUGUUAGAUAUUGAACAAAAAAAGAGAGAAUCGGCUGAGUUAAAGAAGAAACAAGAAGCUGAAGAAAAGAGAAGACAAGAUGCUGAGCUGAAAAAGAAGCAAGAUCUUGAACAAGAGAGAUUAUUAGAAAUCGAAAAGAAAAAUAAAGAUAAACAGGACACUAAACAAAUAUCUAAAGUAAAAGUCCAACAAAAAAUGAAAAAGAUGCAAGGCAAAACAAAUUCACAAAGCAAAAUACAACAAGGAACUGAAAGAAAUAUUGAUCCAAGAAACUCACAGAAUACCACUACCAAUACUACUAACCUUCAUUCUAGUAGUGCAAGAAUGACUUCUGAUUCAGGAGAAGCAACCAUCAAACAGAGAAAGCAUAAGUCAACUGAAACUUUUAAAAACCAACCAAUUACCACUUCAAAUGAGGAAAAUACAGAUACUGAAGUAGAUUCACCAGUGGGGUGGUGGGCUGCCUUUCUUGCCUUUUUUCAAAAUUUUUUCCACAACGUAUUUGGUUAA